AUGGGUGCUACGUGCUGCUCCUGCUGUGGUAAGAGUAACGUUGUUCAGCCUACAUAUAAUCCUGAAGUAUACAGAACCAAAACUCCAGCUUUAAUACGUAAAUCUGAGACUGUAUUGAUGAUAAAAAAAAGUCCCGCUAUAAUGAGAGACGAUUCAACAAUGCAACGUUUUUUGAAACCUGGCAUUAGUACAAACAAUCCUUUGAAACUUAUUGAUGGUUAUCUCAAUGAACCACUUGUGUCUCUCGAAGAAGCACUUCAACCCUUUCAUGGUCGAAUUGAUCAAUUAGCUUAUUAUAUCAAAGAAGCUAAAAGCAAAUGCCACUAUCCAUCAGAACAUAAUCUUACACGUGAUGAAUCAGCUGCUAUUUAUAUUUAUACAAUGAAAUGGGACAACAAAUGUCUCUAUGAUCAUUUGCAAGAAGCAUGGAAAAUUGAUACGAACAACAUUGAUAGCCAGGUCCAUUCUAUUACAGAUAGUAAUGAUUCACAAAAUUCUCCUCUCGAUUUAUCAAAAACCGGUAAAUUCUAUCGAUGUCUUCCUCGAUCACCUGAUGUUUUAUGCGUCAAAACUAAUAAUACUUGCGAUAGACAAAUGCUAUUAAGCCAUUUAUAUGAUGCACCAAAACUUUUAACGGAAUCAAAAUUAGACUGGCAUUAUCGAAGUAUAAAAGAUUUAGCAAAAAAAUAUAUUCCUUUCCUAUCUGGUGAUGGUCCUCAACGAACACCAAUCAGAAUAACAGUUCCUAACGAAUAUUCUCAACUGAUGUAUGUUAAAAUAUCAGUUGUGACUCAUGAUAUGCAGCCUCAUGAAUCUAAAGUAAUUGGACCACCAAAAAUCAUAGUGCGGAUGGAUCAACUUUCUCAUGAUAAUAAUCUAAACUGUUUGAAUUUCGAUGAAUGUAAUUCGAUCGACUAUUUUGAUCCAAUCACAAGACACAUCUACUUACAGAUUACUCCAACAGAGCAUAGUGCUCAAUUAAAAGAAAUACGAAUUCACAUGUUCAAUUCAUAUCAAAAUCAAUGGAUAACAAAAGAAAUUAUCGAAGCCAAACAACUUGAUUUAUGUAGACUAGCAUUUCAGUUAUGCGUUGUUGACAAUGAACGAUAUAUACCUGUAUCUCCAAUAUCAUUUACUUCCAUUAUCCGAGAACCAGUUAAUAAAAAACUAAAAAAACAAUUAAGUCAAUAUCAUUGUCCAGGUUGUAAAUGUACCAUUCCAUCAAAUGGAGAUGUACAACAAGAUAGAAAAGAAGAAGAAGAUUAUCAUGAUGAUGACAACAGUGAAAGUUCCAUCAUUGUUGCACAGGAUCAAGGGCGUCAAUCAAAACAAAAAUCUUCUACAUCAUCUCUGACCACACAUUCCAUAAUAAAACGAAGCAGAAAGAACAAAAAUCCUUGUAUUAUACCCGAUAUUGAAGAUACAGAAAAUUUUGAUGGUAAUGACAGUCGAUUUACUAAAACAACAUGUGAUAAUAAUGAUAAUGAUUGUCAUGAAGACGACGAUGGUGAUAAUAUUAAUGAUGGUGAUAAUACCAAUGAUAGUGAUAAUAUGAAUGAUAGAGACAAUGAAGAUAAACUAUUCAUAGCGAUGGAUCAAAAUGAAAAUGAAACAACAAAAGAUGAUAAUCAAUCAGAACAUGAAAUUAAAGAAGAAGGUAAUGAUUCUUUUCCAGAAAGUCAAUAA